AUGCUGUUGCAGCAACAACAGGCACAGUUUGAAGCAUCCCAAACCAAGCUGAUCGAGAUGCUAACUCAGAAGAUGACAGUGCAGUCAAGCCCAGGGUUAGGGACAAGUGAAGGUGCCCUCUCACCAGAAACCCUGACUCAGCAGAUCAGUGAAUUCCAUUAUGACGCUGAUGCCGGUAUAGCAUUUGUUUCUUGGUUCCACAAGUAUGGAGAUAUGUUCCGGGUUGAUUUUGCCAACCUUCCUGCAGAAAAGAAGAUUCGACUAAUGCUGCGGAAGCUGGGUGCUGCCGAACACGAGAAGUUCACCAAUUUUAUCUUGCCUAAAAAGAGUACCGAUUUGUCCUUCGACGAAGUGGUUGCAGCCCUGUCGCAGAUUUUCGGAGAACAGACAUCUCUGUUCAACAUCCGGUACAAGUGUCUGACAAUAACCAAAAAAGAAGAUGAAGACUGGGUCGACUAUUCCAGCCGUGUGAAUCGAGAGUGCGAACGCUCACAAUUACACAAAAUGACAAGUGAUCAGUUUAAAUGUCUCAUAUACGUUUGUGGCCUACAAGCAUCCAAAGACGCCGACAUUCGAACACGAAUACUGAACAGAAUCCGGAUGUCACAUUGCAGCAAGUGA